UGGCAGUCGACGUGUUCCGACGUUCUUCACGACCACCACGUACGUCCUGCGCCCGACCGCAGUCAGCUCGGCUCUACAAAAACUCGCCUCUCCUUUCAUCUUUCUCCUCCACGUAACGUCUACGUAUUACGCCUCCGCCAUGAAGAGAGCAGCAGACACCGAACUCGCGCUCCCCUCCUCGCCCGCGGAAUCGUCUACCUCCCCAGUACCCUCCUCAUCAGAACCGCCACGCAAGCGCUCCCGCUCCGAGACCAGUCCCGACGAGCGCAAGGAAGCCCGCGCACACCGUAACCGUAUCGCGGCCCAGAAUUCGCGCGACAGGCGGAAAGCACAGUUCUCUCAUCUCGAGCAGCGGGUAGCCGAGCUCGAGGAAGAGAACAGGCAGCUGCGUGCUGGGAUGGGCCUUAUGGGCCUCAGGCAGUCGGAGGACGACAAAGUGAAAGAACAGCGAGAAAGAGAUAGAGCAAGGGAUCGGGAGAACGAGGAGCUGAGGGCGAGGAUUAAGACGCUUGAGACGGGCUGGGACGCCGUCGUCAAAGCGCUGGCCGCCUCCGGGCUGCCCCUCAGCGUCCCCAGCGCACCUGCGCCCUCCGCGAGCUCCUCUACUCCCCCUAACCCCCCUCCAGCCGACUCAUCGUCGUCGGACGCACCUAUGACCACCACAUUUCCGGUCCUAGUCCCCCCAUCACCUACCUCCGUAUACCCUAUCUCCCCUGCCCCGACCGACCCGAGCACACCCCUCGACAUGUUUGACGACUUUGCCCCCACUUGCCACCUAGCAGCGGGUGGGCCAGAGCCGUCAGACACCAACCUCCUCCAACUCACGCUCGGGCUCGACACCGCCCUUCCUCCGUUCCACCUCCUCCCUCUCCGCGCUGGCCAAGAGCAGCCCCCUUCCGCUGUGGAUGAGGUGGCUAUGGAAAACCUCCUCCGCGAGAUCCUUGCGCCCUCUCCCGUCACCGCGCCGGCGGCGCUGCCCGCUGGUCCUGUUCCUAUCACCGGCGCCCUCCCCGACGCGCCCGCGCCAGAACACGAAGGGCCUGCCGCAUUCGCGACGCAAGCCCCCGCCUCGGCCGCGGAGGCGGUGAGCGCGGUGGCUGUCGACUGGGAUGGACAGGCGGAGAUGCAGAGAUUGUUGGGCAUGCUCCCUGGUGCCCUGCCUGACGUGGGGGCGUUCCCGUCCGCGCUCGACCUCGAUGUCGACUUUGGCAUCGGCGAGUGGGACAUGGGCGGCGCGGUUACCCAGGAAGUCGGCGUGUGUUAGGCACGCGGCUCCCUCCCAUUUCCUUCCGUCAGUCACAUCUCUUGGAUAACGCAUCUUUGGGUCUCGCGUCUAUUUAUCGGACCAGUCGCAGUACACUAUCUCUCUGUUUUGUUUUCGUUCGAUUUCUCUCCGUUCGAUUUUUUGCCGUUACUUCGCUCCUGCGCCGGUUCUCCUGCCUCCUUUCCUUCUGCAGUACGUAGCUAGUCCGGCCCGUGGUCGCGUUGCUCGCAGCAGUCUCCCUCCUGCUUCCUGUGUAGUUCUCCCCUCUUGGGUUGACGAACUGCCUGUGUUGUGGGUGGUGAGCGCGCGUGUGCGUGUCUGUUGGGUGUAGGUUAGAUGUCGCUCUGUAGUCGGUGUAGUUUGGUUUGGUCGGUCGGUCAAUGCAGCGUCGUUGCGAUGAA